GACAUAUCUACGGUGAUUUGAUCACUUCUACUUAUGGCGGGCGUACGACUUCGAAAAGCAUUUCGAUAUCCAGAGGAUGACGAUGAAAAUCGCGAAGAGCUCGACGAUGAGGAACAGGAACAACUGAUCGAGCAGUUGCAACGCCAAAAUGAUGCCCGCAAUGCCCAAUAUCAUAUCAUCUUCACAAGCAUCCCGCUAGUUUCAACUAUCGCCUUCUUGCCUUCGAUAUUCUCAGCUUCGAGUCUGACAGAAUGGUUCUUGUCGCUCUUCGGAGUACUCUCCCUGUUAGGCACAGCCUAUACCAUGCGACUGUCCCCUUUGCAUCCAGAUCGCAAGGGUAAGAAGCCUAUUACAGCUGAGAAUGAGCGCAUAGCCCGACUACAUUCGGCGCUUCUUCCUGUCAACGGGGCUGUAUGUUUGUUGCUGGCUGUUGCCUACUUUUUUGUCGGGACGGGCUCUACUUCUACCAUCCGACCUGUUCUAUAUCUGAUUCCGGGAGCUAUGCUCGCUGCCAUCUUGCUUGCCCGAGAAACAAUACUCUCGGUGGAUAUCUCGGCACUCAAGGACCUGCAGUACGAGUACAAGGGUGCAUAACCACCUAGCAUUUAAUCCGGCUUGUGUGUUUACAAAUGAAUAGCCCUUAUCUUUUGAAUGUUC